AUGACUGUAUAUCUUUCGCACAAGCAGUCACUUCCUUCAAUGAAUUGGACUCUCCGGCCAUAUGCCAAUAAACAAGCCGGUGAAACAAUGAGUUUUAUCCGGAAGGUGGAAAUACUUCGCGGUAUACAAAACAAGCCACCGCCUCCAUGUGAUGUGACUCAUAACGUCUCGGCCGUCAUAUUCUCUACAGGUGCCUUCUCAGGGAACGUGUUCCAUGAAUUCAGUGAAGUGAUCAUUCCGUUGUUCUUGACAACCUACCACUUCCGGGCUCAACUCCAAUUUGUAGCUGUUGACUACGAGGCAUGGUGGGUGUCCAAGUAUAACCACGUUUUGACCCACUUGUCAAACUACAAUGUAAUGGAUUCUGUAAAAGAUGGGAAGGUGCACUGCUUCCCUGGAGCUGUGAUGGGUCUGAAGUACCACGACAAACUCGCCUGUAACAUUAGUGAAAUCCCAGGUGGAUACUCCGCUAAGAACUUCACGAAAUUCAUAAGAGAUUCAUUUAGUUUGAAGAUAAACAAUGUGAUGGAGAUUGAAAAACCUGUUCUUAUGAUAAUUUCACGUAAGAGGACAAGGGUCUUGCUGAACGAAAAUGAGAUUGUGGCCUUGGCAACUGAAUUAGGCUUCCGAGUAAUCACUGUAGCACCGGAUCAAAUGUCGAAUUUGAACGUACUCUCUCAUCAAAUUAACUCGUGCAGUGUUUUAUUGGGAGUCCAUGGUGCAGGUCUUACUAAUGAACUGUUCUUGCCAGAAACAGCAGUGAUGCUGCAGGUGGUUCCACUAGGACUAGAGUGGGCAUCUGCAGCCUACUACAGUGAUCCAGCAAAGCAGAUGGGUUUAACUUAUUUGGAGUACAAGAUAAAUCCAGAAGAGAGCUCGCUCCUAGAGAAGUACGGUAAAGACCAUCCGAUCAUCACAGAUCCAGCAUCUAUACACAAGCAAGGUUAUCUUGCUUUGAGAGCUGUCUAUAUCGAUGGGCAGAACGUCACAGUUAACCUUUCGAGGUUUAGAGGAACCCUGGUGCAAGCCACCAAACUGAUCCGAAGGUCAAUGCCUUCAACCAGCUAG